GAGCCUUUGAAGGAACAACAGUGAGGCAAGCCGGAUCAGCAAAAGGGCAGGCUUGCUCAGAGGCCACUUUUCCUUCUGGGGAAGAGUUUCCAGCGGGGAGUUUCCUGUCUGUGCGGCUCGCAUCGCGAUUGUCUCUGGCAAACGCGUGGCUCCCUGAGCAAAGGAAGCGGGGCUUUGCCCAGGGCCACAGCGCCUACCCCCCACGCUGAGGCGGCUUUUCCACGGAGAUUCACCUCCAACUUCUCUAAAAAGUCGUCCAGCUUUUUCUUUUUGGAUUUUGGGGGAAAGAGUAUAACCUGGCCGGACCAGCUUUGGGUAGCCUACACUGGAGUACGGACGCUUCCGCCCCCCGUCCCGUCCCCUUUCAGGGAAAUCCUCUCGAGAAGUCCCAAGAAGAUCUUUGCUUAUUAGAGGCUUUCUUUCUCCCUUCGCCCCACCUCGGGAUUUUGUAUAUAACAUCCAGAAAGAAAAGCAUUCACCCGCGAAACACGGGAUCAUCCGAGAGAUGCUUUCUUGCCUAUACGGAGUGUAUUUUCAGAAAACAUUGGCUCUAGACAGGUCCAGAAAGGAAAAAUAAAUCCAUUUGACAUGCACAGUGUCAUUGGCUCAGCUUGAAAGUGCUUUCAUGAGUUAACACUGGGCCCAAAUCCACUCUUCAUUCCCUGCAGCCAAGCAAUCUGCAGUCAAACAAUGGGCCAAAAGAUCUCAGGGAGCAUAAAGUCUGUUGAUGUUCGAGAGCCCCCUUACAGACCUGUCAAACGAGAACUGAGGGGUCCAGAUUUCUGCAAGCCUGCACGACUGGAUAUGUUGCUGGAUAUGCCCCCGGCUCAUUUGGAGGUCCAGUACAAACAUGCGUGGAACAAUGAAGAUAGAUCGUUAAAUAUAUUUGUGAAAGAAGAUGACAAACUGACGUUUCAUAGACACCCAGUUGCCCAAAGCACAGACUGCAUCCGAGGCAAAGUUGGCUACACAAGGGGCCUACAUGUUUGGCAAAUUCACUGGCCCACCAGGCAGCGAGGAACACAUGCUGUGGUUGGAGUGUCAACAGCAGAAGCUCCUUUGCAUUCUGUAGGAUAUACGUCAUUGGUUGGUAGCAACAGUGAGUCAUGGGGCUGGGACCUUGGACGUAACAAACUUUAUCACAACUGUAAAAACCAGCCUGGGGUGACAUAUCCUGUAUUUUUGGAACCAGAUGAGUCUUUUGUACUCCCAGACUCCUUACUAGUAGUUUUGGAUAUGGAUGAAGGGACACUUAGCUUCAUUGUGGAUGGACAGUACCUUGGAGUGGCCUUCAGAGGACUAAAAGGGAAAAAACUCUAUCCUAUAGUCAGUGCAGUAUGGGGGCACUGUGAAAUCACAAUGAGAUACAUCAACGGACUUGAUCCGGAACCCCUGCCUUUAAUGGACCUGUGCCGAAGAUCAAUUCGCUUUGCUCUGGGCAGAGAACGUCUGCAUGAUAUAGAAACUCUACCUUUGCCCCAGUCUCUGAAAAAUUAUUUACAAUAUCAGUAAAAUGAGUUCUAGACUUCUAAAUGGUAGAAAUUGUUUACAUAAAAAUAUAAAUCUUUGUGGUGGAUAUUUUGAGUGUUAUUUAAUUUUUAAUUUUAAAUCAACCAUGGCAGAACAUUAUGGAGACUACUAAGGAAUGUGAAAAAUCUUUGAAGUGGUUUAGAUCUUUCAAUGAAAUAAUUGUUGCCUACACUGUUAGCAGCCUUGUUAUGCAGAAUCCAAAGUUUGCUUGUUUUCACAGGUCAGAUCCAAAGAUGAGUUAUAUAUUGACCUAGGUCUGGCAUUAGAUAUGCAUCAGAUGAAGUUCUAAUCCCCAGAAGCAGCCCUUAUACAAGAAAAAAUCUUUUGUACAGAUUACUGUAUGGUUACUAUAUUACUAGCAAAAGAAAUAACCAUUGUUUGGAGGUUUCUGAAAACCAGAACAAUUUCACAUGGAGAUUUAAUAUGCCAAGAAAUCACCUUUUCUGUAGUCAUCAGUUGUACUUGACACAUAGGGGCUGCUUGUUCUCAUUUGUGAAGGAAAUGCUCCAGUGUGCACACCAGAUUAUCAUGCACUCUGUAGAAGGAAAUGGGGAACCCUUGUGCACAUGGAGCAUUGGAGCUGCGUUGGAACUGCUAGAUUGUGGCCUUUACUUUUAGGUGCUCUGCCUUUUCAGAAAACCAUGCUCUUGGUACACCACCUGCCAUAUUUUAAAUUAUUUUAAAAUAAGCUGUGUCUUAUUUUAAAGGUAGUUGAUCUUACUCUUUUUCCAGAGUAAAUCAACUCAAUCUGCAAACCAGUUAACCUGGUGUAUUUAAGAUGUUUUUUCCCUCUUGCCUCAGGGGGAUGGAGUUUCCUCAAAUCAGUAUUCUCUAGCUUAACUUGUUGCCAAUUAGGCUGAUCAUUCAGUGUUUUCAAGACCAGUUCUCCCCAUUGAAAUAUCAUAUCACUGUUUCAUUUCGAACAAAUUUUGUCAUUCCAAAUACUGGAUUUUUUUUUUUAUGUAUGUGACAUAGUAUUUUGCGCAUUUGGUCAACACUCUGUAGAGAGUAUCCAAUUUUAUAUUAUUUCUCCAGGGGGGGGCAUUUUGUCCUUCUCUCCACUGCUUAUAAUAUGUAUUCAUUCAUCGGGAUCAACUUAUUUUUUAAAGACACUGCUUUCUUUUCUCCAUUUCCUACUCUGUUCAAAGUUACCUGCCUGAUCAUUUAUCUAGUUUUUAACUGGAAGUUGUUGUAAAGGCAGAAUGUCGAAUGUUUAGACUGAGCUGCCUUCAGCAUAUUUUAAUGUGAAUUUACCGAAGAAUGAAGAAAAAGUUUCUAAUAAAGUCUAC